AUCUGACGCUCUCCUUUUCAUUGACUCGCUCUCCUGCAUCACACUGGAGACCCCGUGGAGCGGAUCUUUUUGCCUCUAUAAAGACGAGCACCCGCUCAGCCUCGUCAGGAGUUGAUGGCGACGAUUUCAAGCGGACCGCCCCUGCACGUACGUCCCACGCUGUGGAGCACCGCGACCACCUUUCGCCAGCGUGGACUUUGUUUUUGAAUGCGGCGGGAUUGUCCCGGUGCGGUUCUCCCGGGAGUGCGCAGGAGCCGCGCGCGUAAAAGCCUCACUUUGGUCCACUUUGCAGCCUCGCGUGGGCGUUUGCGUUACACUUGCGUGGUGGAGAAGACGCGACGCGAGGACACAUGGCUGCGCUCACCAUACAAAGGACUGACAACUUUUUGCAUACCUUUUUGCAGGACCGCACGCCCAGCUCGUCUCCGGAGGGCCCUCCCGGCGCCCUGUCCUUCCUGGCCACCACCUGCAGCCAGGCCUGGCAGGUGGGCAGUAGCACAGGCUCGGAAGGCUCCCAGUUCCCCUACGAGGCCAGCGUCAGCUCCGCUUCCGGCAUGUUCCAGCUGUGGAGCAACGACAUGGCGCCCGGCACGGCCCUCGGCACGCACCAAAUGACCUUCACCGUGCCCAAGGUGCAGUUUCCGGGACACGUGCAGUCCGGCCUGAGCCACCACCCGCACCACCACCACCACCAUCAUCAUCAUCAUCCGCACCACGAGCUUCCUCUCACCCCUCCGGCCGAGCCCGCUUCAGCUUACUCGUUCGAACUCUCCCCCGUUAAAGUGCAGGCCAACGGCGCCUACUACCCGCAACACAGCGGCGUGGGACAGAACUUCCCCGGCUUCCUCCAGAACUCCUCGGCCAGGCAUCACGGUGAAGAAGGCCAGCAAUGGUGGAGCCUUCCCCAAAGCAACGCCCCGCCCUCCAACCACCCCUUCACUCUGGGCAGGCAGCUGGUGUUGGGCCACCAGCCGCAGAUCGCCGCUCUCCUCCAGGGGACCUCCAAGGGCCUGCUCAGCUCCACGCGCCGCUGCAGGCGCUGCAAGUGCCCCAACUGCCAAGCCGGCGGCGGCGGUGGUGCCGGCUUGGAGUUUGGCAAGAAGAGACUGCACAUCUGCCACAUUCCCGAGUGCGGUAAAGUGUACAAGAAGACCUCGCACCUGAAGGCCCACCUGCGCUGGCACGCCGGCGAGAGGCCCUUCAUCUGCAACUGGCUCUUCUGCGGUAAAAGCUUCACGCGCUCCGACGAGCUGCAGCGGCACCUGCGCACGCACACCGGCGAGAAACGUUUCGGCUGCCAGCAGUGCGGCAAGAGGUUCAUGAGGAGCGACCACCUCUCCAAGCACGUCAAGACCCACCAGAGCAGGAAGAGCCGCUCCGGUCAGCCGACGCACGCCGCCGACCCUCUGCUGGCCAACAUCAAGAGAGAGUAACGGCCGCCGUCCGGAAGCUCCCGAUCCAAACUUUGCACACCGGCCGGGGCGAGUGGCGAGCUAUCCGAACGUCUUGAGCAGGCCAGCAAAAAAAAAAAAAAAAAAAACGCUUCACAGGUUCUCAAUUUUAGAAAGCGGUUCUCUUGUUAGAUUUCAAUGAGGAACAUGACCUCGCCUUUGUGCAAUUAAAGGUAAGCCAUACGAGAAAGCUCGGGAUGAAUGAUGAAGAAUGAUGAGAUGCUGAAUUGAAGAAUGGAGAAAAAUGUUUUGGGAGAGGAACAACUUGAAAAAAAUCAAUCAUUGACAUUUAUGGCAACAAAGCAAGUUUUUUUUGGGGUUGCUCCAAAACAAUUUCCCGAGUUGAUUUGACUUCAAUCUUAAAGUCGGGCAGCAAUACGAGGAAUGUUUAAUUUUUUUGUUGAAAAUACGGGAAAGCCAAACUUCAAAUAUUUCCUUCAAUUGCCCAACGUUAAUUUUUGAAAUGUUGACUUUACCCAACUUUUGUUUUUUUCCCCUUCAGUACAAAUAUUUUAAUUUGUUUGCCUCACCUUAAUAUUUUAAAACACUUUCCCAAAGUGUAUGCGUAACAUUCCAAUGUGACUGUAAUUAUGUAUAAAUGCAAACUGUUACUUGGUUAAUGGCCGCAUGUGAAAUUUAAUAAACAAUUGAAACGAGG